AUGAAGGGCAAGGUUGUUGCUGCUGUCCUAACUCUUCUCCUAAUCUCUGUGGUUGGAACGAAAGGUAAGGCCUUGGCUCGUUCAGGGAUUGAACUUCGAUGCCAGUGCAUAAGUACCCAUUCCAAAUUCAUCCAUCCCAAGUUCAUUCAAAAUGUGAACCUCAUCCCAAGUGGACCACACUGCCAGAACGUUGAAGUCAUAGCUACUCUGAAAGACGGCAGAGAAGUGUGUUUGGAACCCACUGCUCCAUGGGUGAAGCUGAUCAUUAAGGCAAUUUUGGACAAAUUAGCAACAGACCGGUGA